UUGUCCAACAAUUUGAGUUCUUCUUCUUCUCAAAACACAACAGAAACAUCUGAAACAGAUUUACAACCAGCACCAGAACAAGUUUCACAUAGUUCUACAAGUAUGUUAACAAGAGCACAAUUUCAAGAUUUAAUUUCUCUUGAACAAUAUUCGAGUAACGAAACACAAAGCGACGACUGUAACCUCUCGCUACCCGAAUCCAUUCAAAGAAAAUACGCCAUGAAAAGACUGAAAUUGUUGUAUAAACUUCUUAACAAUUGGGGAGUCGAAGACAACUCAGAUUAUAGUGAAAUGUUUAACAAAGUCAUAGAAUCUGUUAAACCAAUUGAAAACGACAUAAAAAAUCCCGGUGUUCUUGUAGACCUUUUCGCCUCAAAAUUACCAGUUACAACCAAUCUAAUAGCAACACAAGCUAUAGAGCAAUUUAUUUUAUGUUUUCCCAAGCAAUAUAGACAACACCUGAGGGAAACAAGAAUAGGAAAAUUUCAAUUGGUGUAUCCUACAACAUACAACUAUUACGAAGAAGCAAAUGAAUAUGGAGAACUCUCAUUCCAUUUCACACUUUCAGUUCCUGAGGGAGAAGAAAAAGCAAUCUAUCAUGUACAAUCUCUUGCAGGAUGUGAAGGAAAACCUCACAUCAUAACUACUGUUGCAAUUGACAAACCUGCAAGAGUCGAAGACGAUGUUUUGUUCGCGUCCAUUGCUGGUUUUGGCAUGGGAGAACCAAUUCCAAUUUCCCAUUUCACAGAAUACUCAGCACAACAUUUUCAAAAUGUAGAAUUCGUGUUCUACGACCAUCAAAAGUUCCUGCUAACAAAACCAAAGAAACAAUUUGUCUCAAUAUUUGUUGCUGGUCAUGUGGCUGACAAAGAGCCAUCAGAUACUGACUAUGAAGAAGAGGAGGAAGAAGAAAACGAUAGCGAUGUCGUUCUUAUCGAAUAA